UUCGAGUCGCACACCUCUCAAGUGAAAAUGAAAAUCAAUAAUAAUAAAAUAUAUAGCAAAAUUCAAAAUUUUCUAUCAAUUAAUUAUAUUUUUACUAGAUUAUCAAAUUUACUACGUACGAGGGAGGGGAGGACGACUUCAAUUCCAACGCGCGCCAUAUUCUUUUAACUACUUACCGAAGGCUGCAAGGAUAACAGCAAAACAAACAACUUCUGCAUUCAUAAAGUCCAAACCCAUGAAAAUGGGAAACUUAUACAGCACAGUGUGGCCGAGCAAGAAGGAGUCCAAGUUGUAUGUGACAGCCACAGCGAAGAAGCACACAGUGCUGACGGCGGUGGACGAUAUUCAAAAGCUUACACCCGAGCAAAUGGUGGAGCAGUUUGAAAACGUUUGCCGCGCCUCACAAAGGGUGCUGCGCAGCUUGACGCACAAUCCGUGCGGCCAAUUAUCGUUGUGCAUCAAGCAAUGCCUAGAUGAAAACUUCCAACAAAUGUCCAAAUGUUUCGCUGUCAUGGACGACUAUAGGGCCUGUGUGAACAAAAUGAUGUCAGAAAAGUUGGCGGAUGUGGUGAUUGAUUUCGAGAAAUAUGCAGAAGAUGAAAGAAAUGGCAGCAGUUACGAUAUACUGCCAGAAGAUGGUUUGCUAAAUGAGGAAGACUGUUUAAGAGGCAGCCUGGAAAAGGAGUUGAAGCGGCGAGUGGAAGAGUUGAAUCCCAAAACUGAUACGGAGUUGCGAACUGAACAAGAAGAGUGCAAGCAGAAACAGGAACGGUUGGAUGAAAAUGAAAAUGAAGACAUAAACACAUGCGCAUAAAGAGAGGGGAUACGCUCGUUCAUAUAUGUAUGUACGUAUGCACGUAAAGAUAUAUUUUUUGUAAAUUUUGCUUUGUCAAUUAAAAUCAAUAAAAAUCUGUAAGUGAAAACUA